AUGUCUUUCUUCAAGAAGAUCGCCAAGGAGUUUGAGAACCUCGGUAUCGGCGACAAGAAGGAGGAGCAGCAACAACAGCCCCAGCAGCCUCAGCAGCCUCCUCAGGACGGUAACCGCGCCUACGGCGACAACGGAUACGCAUCUCCUCCUCCCCAGCAGCAGUACGGCGGCUCACCGGGUUACGGUGCUCCUCCUCAGCAGUACGGUUCGCCUGCUCCUCAGGGAUACGGCGCUCCCCCUCAACAAUACGGCUCUCCCGCUCCCCAGGGAUACGGUGCCCCUCCCCCUCAGCCCGCCUACCAGCCUCCUUCCGAUCGUCCUCCUCUGCCCCAGGGUUGGACUUCUCAGUUCGACCAAAACUCCCAGAGAUGGUACUACGUUGAGCAAGCUACUGGUCGCACCCAGUGGGAGGCUCCUCAGGCUCAGCAUGCUCCUCCUCCCCCUCCCCCGGACUCUCGUCCUCCUUAUGAGUCUCAGCCUUCUGAUGGAUCUCGUGGCUACGGCGCUCCUGGUGGAUACGGUUCCCCAGCUCCUGGUGGCUACGGUGCUCCUCCUGGCCAGUACGGUGCUCCUGGUGGUUAUGGAUCUCCAGCUCCUGGCGGCUACGGCGCUCCCUCACACUAUGGUGCUCCUCCUGGCCAGUCUCCCUACGGUGCUCCUCCAGGCCAGUCUCCCUACGCUCCUCCAGGCCAGUCACCCUAUGGUGCUCCUCAGGGCCAGUAUGGUCAAGAGGGUGACCGCGCCUAUGGUGACAACAGCAACAACCCUUACGGUCAAGGAGAGAAGAAGAAGAGUGGCAGCUCUGGUAUGCUCCUCGGUGCCGCUGGUGGUCUCGCACUUGGUGCUGUAGGUGGUGCCCUGAUCGCCAACGAGCUCAACGACAGCGAUAGCGACGAGGAGAAGCAUGCCGCCGCUGCCGCCGCUGCUGCUCCUGCCGCUGCCCCCUACGAGCAACAGCCUCAAGUCAUCAACAACUACUACGGUGCUCCUCCCCCUGAGGAUCCCUAUGCCGACCCGUAUGCCCAAGAUGGCCCACCUGGCGUUCUGCCUGCCACCGAUGCAGAUGGCGACUCUGUCUCUAGCAGUGACCGAGAAGACGUCCAAGAAGCUCGUGAGGAGUACGAAGAGGCCCUGGCUGCUGCUGCGGACUCGGAUGCCAGCAGUAGUGAUCAGGAAGCUCUGGAAGAGGCCCGCGAAGAAUACGAGGAAGCCUACGAGGAGGUGUAUGAGGACUGA